AUGAAACUUUUCAAGAGGAUAGCCAAGGUUGCGACCAAGUCCAAGAAGGACAACACAGAUGUCGUAGCUCCACUAGCAAAGCCAGCAAGUGAGCAAGAUACUAAGGUUAUCGCGAAACCAUUGCCUUCCGGUGUGGUCGCAAGCGCGGUUGUGCAAGAUGAAGAAACGAGACAAGAUCCAUCGGUGCAGCAAGCUCAAGCAAAGAAACUUAGAGCUAAAACAGAAAAACAAGUUCUUGAUCAACCUGUCUCAGAGUUGGAUGAAGAGACAUUAAGGAAUGAACUGAAGCAGCUCCAAGGAGUGAAAUCGUGA